CCGCGGGCCCGUUGCUACCGUUACGGGGGGCUUGUUUUACGGGGUCCUUCCCGCCGCAGGGCGGAGCUGCGCUGUAGGCAGCGCUAGGGCGUCUGGCAGCGGGGGCGCAGCCUGGGAUCGGGGGGCGCUUCUGCGAAAUGAACCGAAGUGAAACAGCAGCCUCGAUUGUUUGACUAGUGUGUGCAAGGCCCCGAGAGAUCGCCACGCCUCUGGGAGCUGUGGUGGCCGGCUCAGGAAGGCCUCCCUAGUUUGUUGUAGCUGAAGAAAAAUGAUGGAAGAGAGUGGAAUAGAGACGACCCCACCUGGCACUCCCCCACCAAGCACAGCAGGGGCAGUAGCUGCUGGUAUCACCAUUGCCGCCACCACCACACCUGUCUCAUUAGCUUUGUCCAGUUCUCUCACUGCUCCAGACAUAUCCCCUCUCCCAUCUUUCCCUCCUCAAUCAUUCUCCACACCUCUACCACCCCUAGUGUCUUCACUUCCUCCUAUGAGGUCGUCCGCGCCUUUGCCAUUUGUGCCUUCUGCAACAGUUUCAACUAUUGCACCCCCUUUAACUCCUGCCCCACCUCCUAUUACCCCUCCAACCGCUUCAGCUUUUAGCGGUGCCAUGUCCCAUUUCUCAACACCUCCUCCCCUAAGCUGUAUUCCUAGCCCUAACCUUUCUGCACCUCCCACGGCACCCCCCAUUUCAGGAUUUUCCAUUGCUUCAUCCUAUGACAUUACCAGAGGUCAUGCUGGGCGAGCACCACAGACCCCACUGAUGCCGUCGUUUUCUGCACCUUCAGUCACAGGUGUCUUGACAAAUCCUGUUACUCAACAAACAACUUUCCCAUCCUCUCUGAUGCCUGGAACUGGAAGUGGCUCUGCAAUAACUUUCCCAGAGGAGCAUGAAGACCCCAGAGGAGUUGGCAUACAGAAUGAAGCAUCUGCUGGAGGCCUCUGGGGAUUUAUAAAAGGUGUAGCUGGGAAUCCUAUGGUAAAGUCGGUGCUUGAUAAAACAAAACACUCAGUAGAGUCCAUGAUCACCACGCUGGAUCCUGGCAUGGCUCCAUAUAUCAAAUCUGGGGGAGAACUGGACAUAGUGGUUACCUCCAAUAAAGAAGUAAAAGUUGCUGCCAUUCGAGAUGCUUUCCAAGAAGUCUUCGGAAUGGCCACAGUUACAGGAGAAGCUGGACUGUCUAACAUUGCACCACAACCUGUGGGCUAUGCAGCUGGAUUAAAAGGAGCUCAGGAAAGGAUAGACAGCUUGCGUCGGACUGGAGUGAUACACGAGAAACAGCCUGCUGUGUCUGUAGAAAAUUUCAUCGCAGAAUUGCUUCCUGACAAAUGGUUUGACAUUGGAUGUCUGAUUGUUGAAGAUCCAGUCCAUGGGAUUCAUCUAGAAACUUUUACCCAAGCGACACCAGUGCCUCUGGAAUACAUUCAACAGGCUCAGAGUCUCACUCCCCAGGACUACAGUCUAAGAUGGUCAGGUCUUUUGGUGACAGUUGGUGAAGUGCUGGAGAAGAAUUUACUGAAUAUCAACAGGACUGAUUGGCAUGUGGCAUUCACUGGUAUGUCCCGUCGACAAAUGAUCUACAGUGCAGCCAAGGCUAUAGCAGGAAUGUACAAACAACACUUACCACCCAGGACCAUUUGAAAGAAGCUUGACUCAUCACACUGAGUACUGUUUUUCUGUUCGGCUUGAUAUGAAGGAAAAGAUUGCAGCUUCUGCCAAUAUUCAAGUCCUCAGUGGAUACAGCACAAUUUUGUAAUCUACCUGUCAACUGUAAUUUUUUUCUUUUAAAAAAAAUGAAGGUACUGUUCCAAUAAUGGAAAUGAACAACUCCAAUUUUUAGUAAUCCAGUAUAAUUAAUGAGAAGGGAAUUAGAUGCAAACAGAUACAUUUAUAGCAGGGCCAAAUAGCAUUAAAAUUUGUAAGGUGGAAUGCAUUUUCAUUUCAGACACUUAACUUAAUAUUUUAUUUACUCAAGUAUAACUUUUUAAAAGGGGGUGAGGGUACAAAUAUUAUCUUUUGCAUUUCAGUCGAGGCACUACCCUGUAUUUUCUAGAUGUCUAAAUUUUGGAAGUAUUUAGCACUUCAUAGGGUUGGCCCCUAUGUGUGCAUGAUCUCAGAACUGUUGCUGAGUAGUUCUAAAGCAUCUUAAAAGUGAAUAACCAAGGAAGGGCAUAAGUCCAUGCUCAAAUAUAUCCAAGGUGUGGGCCAAAAUAACUUUGAAUUUUCAUCUUCCAUACCUCUUUAAAAAAACAAAAACUUUUUCUGAAGUAUGGUCCAAGACAACUCCCCUGGAAACCAGUGAAUUAGGCACUUCAUACACAUGAAAAUGUGUCAACAACUCAGUAUAACACAAUUCACUUACUCCAGCAUUUAUUUACAUACAGUCAUCCGGGGUACAUAACACAAGCUCUUAUGUAAUUUUCUUUAUCAGUUUUCAUCUACCACACGUUAAUAUAGCAAACUGUGACAUUCAUACGGUUUGCUCUGCCAUUCUAUAUUUUCCAAAGCAGGAAUAGACUCCUGCAUGGUGUGAUAGGUGUCGUUGAUUCACUGCUUCUCCUAUAUAUCUGUCCUUCAUAGCUGAAGAUACCCCAUAUCUAUGCUCAAAGAUAAUCCUAAAUCUCUAUUCAGAAAUACAGAAGUUAUUGUAAAAGAACAUUUUGAUAAUAGGUUUGUUUUAAAAACAAACAAUGAAUUCUUUGUUUGCCUUAAACACUAGCUUUUCAGCUUGAACUGCUCUGCCUUAUCUUUUGUAGAUGCUUUCAAAGAACAUUUUUAUAUGCCAUAUACUGUCUAGCCAACUUCUUAUAUUUGUACCCAGUGAAAACCUGUCCUUUUUCCAAGUAAUAUAUUUUGCCAUAAUUGGCUCAGUGUAAAUUAAUAUUAAAUAAACAUUUUUCCUACAGAAUUAAACCUUUUUCAUUUAAGAUUUUUUAAAAUAGUUUGCUUGAAUGAGUGUAACUUUUACUGUGUCUUACACAGGCCAUUUGUAUAACUGGUAUGUAGUGACACAGCAUAGCUUGUUAUCUGAAAAUAGAAACCUACUAGUUCAAUAUUUUUGGACCAAGAGCUCAAAAUAAGAGAGGGAAGUGGGCACGAACAAGCUCUUUAUUUUCUUCGCUGCUCUGAGUCUCUAAACCAUUCGAUCUCAUGCCCUCUUUUCUUUCUCAAAUUUAGAGUAUUUGACCUCUUCCCCAGGAAAAGUGGGGCUUGGAUAAUAUAGUGAUGAAGACCACAGAGGUAUCUAGAAAGACUUUUCAUGUGGAGUCCGAGGUGUCUCUUCCCUCUUCAUGAAUCUUUUGAAAAUAACUGAAUAAUAAAAGAAAAUCAAGAAUCUGAGAUAGUAUCAUGAGAAGAAAAUCAAGCAAAUGAAAAUCACUCCAGAAACAGAGUCAGUUUUAUGUCUUACACAAUCUCUUACAGAAUGAGUGUGUCUCCAGUCAAUUUUAUUUGUACCACGACUGUAGCAGGCAACAUGUUACCUGGAAAAUAUUUUCAGCAAAGAUGGUAAACUGCUGCUAUGUCUAAUCCUGUCUGUAAGAGCAGCCUGGCCUUUUCCAUCAUAAUCCAGAAAGAUGGUACAGGAACCUCUUGUCUGCCAGUCUUCAGUAAGGGCAUCUUUGCCCUUUCAAUUUAUGGAUUUUUUUUUUUCUUGAAUACACGUUGUGAAAAAUGUUUGUUGCUCUUUUUCCCCAAGGUGGAGGUAAAAGAUUCUAAUACUCAAUGGGGUUACAUGUCCAGGCAUGAAUCAGACAGCCUAUUUCAAUUUUAAUAGGCUACCUUGUUUUUCUCCUGGACCUUUUUGUCCUCUCUCCUGACAGUUGUCACCAUGAUGAAGUGAACCGCUGCUAAUUUUUCAGCACCUUACUCACAAUGACAGCUGCUCAAGAAUGGGUGGCCGUGACAUCUACUUCCUAUGAUACUACUUGGUAGGAUUGAAGUUGCCCAACUGCCUGACCCAGGUUAUUUGUGUAGUGUAUAGCACUGUUAUAACUCUUUACCUCCAAGAGUUCAUCACCAUACAAAACAGUCAAGAGUCUGCUAUGCCAGUGCGGUCUCUGAAUCCCCAGUGUCAGUUGCUUCUUCAAAUGUUCCAAGAGCAUAGCUCCAAAAUUCUGGGUAGAUGGUAAUUUUUUAAAAGGAUGCCACUCAUUCAGACUAGGAAUUCCCUACUAGUUUUCUGGACAAAAAGUCAAACCACUAACCGUUUCUUCUCAAAUGGGGUAUUAAACUCUGAACAGUUGGAGUGUAUGAGGCAGGAGCAUAUAUUCUCUGUGGAAUGCAAGUAGUUCCACAGUGAGAUCAAACACAUUCUCGACUGCUGCUAGAAAAAGGAAGCACUGAAACUGCUUGUCUGUAAGGCAAGCUCCCUGCACUGUGCUCUGAAGCCUGACAAAUUAGGCUAUAUUGGACCAGCGUGGGAGCCCACUGCGGAGUCUGAGCCCUUAUAAGAAACACCUUGCUAGCUGCUCCAAUUCCUCUGUUACAUCAAGGGGGAUCUAUGAUCAGCUCUUCUGCUGAUAGUAACUGGGACUGUAUCAUGGGGGAAGUGAGGGGGUCUCUCAGGUGAACAAUAUGAUGGCCCACAAUUCUAAAUUAACACAGUUCUUUAAGAAUAAAUGUGCUUGCUUAUAAGGUAAAAGCAUUACAGAGAAAACAUUAAAAACAACAAAAGAACCUACACCCAUGCUAAAAAGCUUACCCCAGGUCACCCCAAGUCUACCUUCGGGUUCUAGUAGGUGUCAGUCCUUAAAAACCUUUAACUGGGUUUUCCUUGUGGUUAAAAGUUCAUAACUGUCUUAGGUUCAGAACCGGAUCAACCAUGAAUAGUUCAGUCUUGACUUUAUACAGCUUGGGCCUUUGAUCCUGGCCUCAUGUGAUAGGUGAUCAGCAGACAGGUGAUCAACAGACAAUGAUCCCCUCUGCAGGUAUAGCUUCAAAAGGCUGCAUUCACCUCCCUUCAGAUAUUCCCCUGGAGAAAACUCGUUUUGUUCCAAAAGUCCAUUAGUGUCUGUCACAUUGUUCAGCAGAGUCCUUUGAACCCCUCCCCCAGUGUCUCAACUGUCACAUCUCCUCCCUUGAGAGGUUAUAUACAACACUGGUUCACAGUAAUACAUAAACUAUUCAUUUAAUACCAUGGACCCCAAAGAUACUUAAACUUAAUUUAAUAACGUCUUCUAACAACAUUUUAGGAAACUGCCAUCUGUCACUUCUACUAUGCUGCCAUUAAUUACAAUUAAUUGAUAAUGAAAACUUUAAAACAAAGACAAAAACAAUGUGUGGUGCUUGUGAAUAACUUGUGAAAACAUGACCAUCACUUUGCAACUCCCAGCUCUCUCGUACUAGUUACGCUGUCUCAAAAUGGAACAGUUCCUGUUAUCGCUAAGAUUCUUUGUUGGGAUUUUCUCUGUACUAUGGUUGGAUUCCCUAGUUUUGACCCUAAUUUUCUUCAAGCUUCUUUAGCAAGAAGCACAACAUGAGAUUAAAGUCAUUGCCUCUGUUCUGAUGACAUCUGAUUUGCUCUGUUUUUAACUUUCCUUUUUUAGUUUCCAGUACUUCUGUCAUUCCGUUUUGUCUAUAUUUUUUUCUCCCCGUCUCCUCCCAAACAGUCACUUCUCUUAUUUUGUUCUUCUUUAAACUUUUCUUUAUAUAACUGAUCAUACCAUUCAACAUUCAACGGAAGUCCUGCUGCUGUCACUAUAUCUUCCUCAGAUACUUUCGUACUCUCUCAGGCUGCCAUUCUGAACCUUCUGAUAUCAUCACUUCCUCCUACUGUUGACAUGAACCCAGUCAUUCCACUUACUCAUUGAAGCAGGGGCUCUAUGUAUCAACUGAGAAUGCAAGUUGCCCCUCCCCUCUCUGUUUUUGCAUUCAGCAUUUAACAUCAAUGUAUGUGGAUGUAGCAUUCAAAGCAAGAUGUUAAAUGUUUCCUAUCUUGCCUGGUGUGUUUUUUCCCCCUCUGUCUGAUUCUUUUUAUUAUGUAUUUGAAAAGGUAUUCAAGGGCAGAAAGGAACCACUGACACUCCUAGUGAAUUCUACCUAUUCCUAUUUAAUGUUCCCAAACAUUUGGAGCCAUAAAUCAAAGGAGUAUUUAUGGUGUAAUUUUACCAUAGAAGGGACUGCAGUCUGGGAUAUUUUCACAUUUGUGAAGUUUUCAGUGAAUUAAAGACUUAGACCAAAGGAUGCACCCUCUGCUUCUAACUAACAUCUUUUUAAAAGGCAAUUUUUAAUAAUCUCAUCAGAUUGUCUUACUUACAUGUAUUAAAACUCAUUUGUAUUGUUUAAGUGUAACAAAUCCAUGGCUACCCAUAACUUUAUGGUUGUCACUAAUGCUACAGACUUUUUGAUUGUUUAGCACUUUGCAGUGCCAGAGAAGCUAGGAUUCAUGCUCUAAAAAACACAGGCCCUUACCACAUAAACGAUUGGGAAAUCUUCUUCAGCUGUUUUGAGACACUGCAAUAAUAUAAAUAAUAAUAAUAAUAAAUAAAUUAUCUAUGGCCCUGUCAUAACUAUAAAGGGAAG